GCUCGGUAGCCACGCCCUCCGGCCCCACGUGGGCUCGCCGCGCGUUCCGGGACCCGGGCAGAACUUAGCGGAGUUCUCGGAGCUGCUGGGACCAUGUCGGCCUCGGACGUCCGGAGCCGGCUCUGCCCCGAUGACUUCUGCCCGGCCACGCUGCCCGCCGAGCCGCCGCCGAGCCUCGCCCUGGACGCCCUGCGGAAGCCCGGCACCGAGCUGUGGCUCAUCCGGACCCCCGCGGACUUCAGCCCGGCCAGCCUCAAUGGAUGCAAGGUGCCUCUCGUGGGCUUCCAGACCGUGAAGAGCCAUCGGAACGAGGCCGGCGUCCGUCAGCGCUACCACGUCCUGAGCAACAGCAGCGCCUGCCCCGAGACCCUGCUGGCCCCCUCAUCUUCAGCAGACGGCCAGCUGGUCCCAGCCCCCGCCCUGCGGGGCAUCCUGAGUGUCAUAGAAGUGCCCCGCACCAAGCCGUCCGGCCAGGCCCUCCAUGCCAUCCCCACCAGCCCCCCACCACAGAUCCCUCCCGGCCUGCGGCCCCGCUUCCAGGCCUUUGGGGGCCAGCCACCUGUGCUGGGGCUCCCGGCUCAGGCAGCGGAGGCCAAGUCUCCCCGGAAAAGGAAGAAGCCUGAAUCGGCGGCUCUGACACCCAGUCCUGGGGAGGUUCCACCCGGACAGGGGGCGCUGAACUCUCCUCCGGGGCAGGAGAUGCCGGAGCCGACCGAGCAAGUCCCAAUCCAAGAAGAUGUGGCAGCCCCACUCCCCCUCAAGAAGAAGAAGAAGAAAAAGAAGAAGGAGCUGGAGGGAGAGAUGCUGGAGCCGGCGGGAGGAGCGCCGGAGCCGGCAGGAGAAGCAUCAGUGCCAGCGGGAGGAGCGCCGGAGCUGGCGGGAGAAGCAUCAGUGCCAGCGGGAGGGGCGCUGGAGCUGGCAGGAGGGGCACCGGAGCCUGCGGGAGGGGUGCCAGAGCCAGCAGGAGGGGCGCUGGAGCUGGCAGGAGGGGUGCCAGAGCUUGAGGGCAGAGUGAUGGAGCCCCAACAGGAGGUUGUUCUUUCACCCCCUAAGAAAAAGAAGAGCAAGAAGAAACAAGAGCUAGGAGAGAUGAUGGAGCUGGGGGAGAGGGCCCCGGUAUCGGAGGUCCAAAGUGACCUUCAAGAGGAGAAAGCCCCAUCCUCGGCCAAAAAGAAGAGCCGGAAGAGAGAGGAGGCGGGAGGAGAGAUGCUCACGCCUGAGCGGGCCGUGGGGCCGGAGGAGAUGGCGGACCCACCUCCUGCCAAAAGGAAGAAAGAAGAAGUAGGAGAGAUUCUGGAGGGGGCAGAGAUGGCCGAGUCUCUCGGGGAGGCCGAGCCCUCACACACCAAGAAAAAGAAGAAGAAGAGGAGGAAGGAGGCGGAGGGGGAAGCCCCAGAGCCACCACAGGAGAUGGAGUCCCUGGCAGAGGUCCCUGAGCCUGUCACCCUGAACCCCAGCCAGGGGGUGGAAGAGAAGAAGAAGAAAAAGAAGAAGAAGAAGCUGCAUCAGGAGGAGCUGGAGGCAGGGCAGGCCUAGGCGGAUGGACCAGCAGUCUUGCCCU